UCUCUGCAUGACCGGGUUGGCUUGUUAAAUAAUAACUUCCGAUAAGACUUAUCGGUUGCAAUCAAGUCCUUUGAUGACUCUCCCUUAAACACGCCAGCUCACAAUGCAGCAAUAAAACAGGAGCCAAACAGUCAGCGAGAUAGUGUCAGCGCAGCCUUGAAACUAAAGGAAAUCUGACUAUUCCGUAUGAAUUGUGUAUUAGAGAGAAGUUGCUGAUCUGCUUGACCUGUAGCGAUUGGGUAAACAUUUCAAGAACAACGCCUUGACUGGUUGUGUAAGGUUGCGUGCAAAAGACUGCGCAUGUGCAGGAGUCAUUACCUGCUGACGGACUGAGCUUCACAUGGUUUCUUGUGAUCGUCAGCCUUCUUUCACUGCGAAGCAACCAGAGCGUAUGCCUAAGGAGAGAGGACGGCCUGCCUUCCCGAGGAGCAACGAAAACGCUGACUGAGAGAGCGGGGACUGCCAGCUAGUCACGUAACUUGGGGCAUCUGCCUUGGGGCUGGGUGUCUAUGACUGCUGCAGGGAACUCUCACUUUGGGAGAACGCAAUUGUCAUGAGUGUGAUCUGAUGAACCAAGUGAAUUCAAAAAAAAGGAAAAGUUGCAGCGGAAGUUUGGGGACAGCAGACAGCUGCCUGGUUUUACUGGUUUUAGAGCUGAAGUUUGGGGCUGUUAACUGCGACUGUUACUGAUUCCUCUCUCAAUCGCCUAGUCCAUCACCUCCGAACCCCACUCCACCUGGGGUGGUUUGUCACGAUGUCUAAAGCCGCGGAUCACGUCAAGCGGCCCAUGAACGCUUUCAUGGUGUGGUCCCGGGCGCAGAGGAGAAAGAUGGCCCAGGAAAACCCCAAGAUGCACAACUCGGAGAUCAGCAAGAGGCUGGGAGCUGAGUGGAAGUUGCUCACUGAGUCCGAGAAACGACCUUUCAUUGACGAGGCCAAACGGCUGCGGGCGCUGCACAUGAAAGAGCACCCGGAUUAUAAAUACCGGCCCCGCCGCAAACCCAAGACCUUGCUCAAGAAGGACAAGUUCGCCUUCCCUCUGCCUUAUCUAGCCGAUCAGGACGGCCUGAAGGCUGCCGCAGGGCUGCCGGACUCUCUCGUGGGCUCGGCCGAAAAAACCCGGCUGCUGUUCCCGCACCCCGCUAGUCCCUACCCGCUCUUCGACGCCAGCCCGCUGGGUUCCAAGCUGAGCGAGCUGUCCUCAGGCUCGCUGCCGUACGGGUCGCCACUGGCUUACCAAAGCGGGGCGGCCGCGGCCGCAGCGGCGGCCGUCGCCUUCAGCGGAGCUCACACUCACAGUCACCCGUCCCCCGGGAACCCCAGCUACAUCCUGCCUUGUAACUGCAGCACCUGGCCGCCCUCAACCCUGCAGCCGCCCCUGGCUUACAUCCUCUUGCCCGGGAUGACCAAACCCACGAUAGAACCGUAUCCUGCCGCUUAUGCAGCUGCCUUAUGACGACAGUCUCAACAAAAUGACAAAGUUUCCUUUAAUUCAAAAACAGGAUCGCACUCGUUGCUUACCCACCCAGAACAUCCCUUCCCCUCCGAAAAGAAACUUAAGAGACUUGGAACUGAAAGCUGUGAUUCAGUCAGGCGUUACCUGCUUGCCGGGUACCUUGGAAGCAACUUGUCUCAAACUUUUUUUUUGCAGGGGGUGGUUGGGGCGGUGGUGCUCGAAGGAAGUAGACGGGGAUUGACUGUAAUUGUUUGUAAAGGAAAGCCAAUUCUAAUCGAUUGUUCAAACUUACCUGUGUCUGUCUCUGUGUGUAUUUAUGAAUACAUUUCCUACCACGGACUUGGAAAGCUGUUUCCUUUUGCUGCAGUCACCUUACCUUAUUUCAAAGGAGAUAUGGAUGUAAAUGUCUGUGCACAAGGAGCCACUGCAAUCCCGAAUAUUGCACAUGGAGAUUAUGAAAUAAACUAUCCGGCUGCGUUGUUCAAAUGUUCUGCUUUGAUAGAACCUGCAUUCCAGACUUUCAAAUUGUAAGGCUGUAUAAGACAAAAUCACUGUUGUUCUUGUGAAUAGCUGCCAGUAUCCGCGAAACGCCCCGAGGAAAGAUUGUAAGUGUAGCUUUUUUUUUGUUACUGGAUGUCUCCACCAUCCGACGUCGCCAAGAAAGCGACGCUGGAGACCUGUCACUAACCCCAUCCCAAACAAACGCGGAAGGGUCACCGGACCCGAAACGAUAACUGAUUUUUUGCUUCUCAUAUGUUGUCAGAUCUGCUGAGCUUUUCCAGCAACUUCCGUUCUUGUUCCAAACAAACGCGGAUUGCGGGAAAGGAAAGCCGAAACCAAACAGUUGUAAAUGUGUACACUUCGAAAGCUGUUACUGCAUGAUUGGUUCACAAUUUUGGCCUUGCUCUCUGCUUGACGUCUUGGAUUUAUUGAAAACGUACCCGAAGAUGUGACCUGAGUCCAAAGGCAAGAAACAGACAAAAACAAAGGGACCAGAGCGAAAUUCUUGCCGGAAACAGUCGCCUCGUUCGUGAAAGCUCAGUUCACUUGGAACAGCACCAUUUCAUUGGCCGUUGCCAGAUAAGGCUGUAGGAUUCAAAGAAAGCUAUUUACUGGACUAAAUAGUGGUGCCUCAACCCAUCUCAGGAGCGCAGAAGAGUGUGAGAACAAGCUAGCCAAGGAUCAUGUGAAGGAAAAGACAGAGAGCCAGGGCUGACAAGUAUCUGACAAAUGAAAAAAUACUGGAGAACCAAGCUGACAAGAAAUCGUAACAAAUAGUUAUUGUAUUCCGAUUGCAUCUUUGA